CUGUGUGCUCGGCCAGCCGAGGACAAGGCCAACAGUUCGAUAUCGCCGCACCAAGGCCUGGGCCGGCACAGUGUCCCUCUGUUUACUGCAUUGCUAUGGCGAUGACGGCCGGCGACCUGCGUCGCGCCGGGCCGCCGCGGGCGCUCGGCUACAGGUCAGGUCGGCGGCCGGCCGCGGGGCAUGAGGCGGCACAUCCAGUGAGCGGUGCUGCUGUGACCGAGGGCAGGCUGCCGGUAUGGGCUCGGGGCAGAGCUGUGACUCGGCAUACGGCUCCCGGCGCGGCACGGCUCGAGUGGCACCUGACUCGUGGGCCCAGUCAGUGAAGACUAACAACAUGAGGAGCUAUCCGAAUUCCGAGCCGAUCCUCGAUAAGAAGACUCUGGAGGAGUACCUCCAGAUCGAGCGGGAGAUCGCCGAAGCCCAAAGAUCCGAUCCGGACGUGCUGCCCCAGUUCAAGAACAAGAUGACCCAGCUGGAGGAGGUCAACCAGCGCCUGGAGCAGCUGGACGAACAGCUGAACCAAGUCCCGAACACGGCGGCCAGCAAUGAGCGGGACCAGGCCCGGAAGCAUCAGUCAGAGCUGACAAGCGAUCUGAGCCAGCUGCGCUACAAGGUCGACAACCUCGAGGAGCUGCACAUGAGACAGGACGAGCUGCUAGCCAAGAUCUUCGGCGGCGGCUACGGCAGCCGGCGCGAGAGUGAACUGGAGCAGGAGCUGGACAUGCUGGAGGCUCAGCGGGCGCGCAUCAUGGAGGCCAACUUCAAGUGGCGCCAGGCCCAGAUGAUGAUGGAGUACGCCUGCCGUCAGCUGGCGGUGGCCGUUCAGAAGUGGCAGGACCUGCCCGACAUCCCCACAAUCGAGCUCGAGAUACGCUACACGAUGCCGGCCUCGGCGCGGAAGAGUCUGCUGGCAGCCAACCCCGGGGCCUUUGACAUGACGCGUGCCGACGGCGUGAAUCCUGCUGACAUCAACAGGGAGAUCGAGCGGGUGUUCGAGGCGCCCCAGAGCGACGACCCGGAGGAGGCCAAAAAACAGCUGCAGCAGAACCACGACAAGGCCUCCUCACUGCUGCGCUGGUUCGAACAGGUGCUCAACACCACCAUCAUGCAGGACCUGAACGCCAUCAACCGGCGGGUGCGCCUGACCACCCAGGCUCUGAAGGAGGAGCGCAUCCGUCUCAUCAAGCAGAAGGUGCACGAGAUCUGGGGUGACGACGUCGAGAUCGAGAUCGAAGAGGACAAGACCCCCGACGAGCAGCACAUUGCCGUCGACCUGAACAGCAUCACCGACGUCAGCGACAAGGACCUCGAGCAGCUGAAUGACGAGUACAUGGGCCUGGACGACAUCGACAUCGGUCAAAUGCCAACCAGCGAGGAAAUAUUCGGCAAGUCCUACGAGGAGUUUAAACAGGAGCUUGACAACAUGAGGGAGAAGCACGAGACGGAGAUGAGCGUGUUCCUGCGUGAGCAGGACCGACAGGCCGCCAGAACACGGGGAGAUCUUCAGGCCAAGCUGGAAGCGCGGAGGAAACAGAGGGCCCUGAGAAGUCUGGAGAACAAGCAGCGCCACGCCCUGGCCACGGGGACCACCGUCAGCUAAGCAACAGUGGUCUACUGGACCGCGAGAACAGCAGAGAUGGAAAGACGACCGUUCCCGGGUGUGACACAAAUGAUUAUCCAAACCGGCUUUCUUUAAUCUGAUGUUAAUUAAGGCAGCUCGUUCCGUAUAAAAAGGUCAAGGCACCGGAAAAGUGCCAUUGUUGAAUUUAUUGUUUUUUUUUUCGGUGUAAGGGCUCAUCUCACCCAAAAGGGUAUGGGCAAUACCCUAACAUAGGCAAAAUGUGUUGCCUCUCAACGUUUACGUUGCAAGUGGCGUCUUGCAUGAACACUAUGUCUUUACAGUCGUAUAUUUUAUUUCGUAUAGUUUGUAACAGGUGCCAUUUAUAUUCUGGGCCCGUGGUCUGGGCGUCUGUAAAGGAAGCAUUGGGCAACAGGCGUGUGUAUCCAGAUUCAAGAUAUAUGUGACAAUAUUAUAAUAUAUAGUGCCUGGAUACUAGUCGGAAGGCAUGUUCUAUUAUUCUAUACUCAGUGUGUCAUCAACUGUGCCUUGCCUAUAAAAAAACAGUUGCUAACACUACCUACUUCGUUCUUGUGCUGAUAUGCAUGUCUAUAACGCAAAAAAAUAACUAUUUAUAAAGUCGCUUUAGUAUUGAUCGCCGCAGAGAUCAGAGCCGUCUUUGGGUACUGAGUUUAUAGUCACAAUUUUUAAAGUGGGCAGAUAUUAUGAAGAGAUAUUAUCCUAUCGAUGCACGCUUGUAUUUCAUUUAAAUCGUUCGUCAUUCGAGAAGGUAAUAGCAAAGACUCUUCAGAUGAAGCAGGCUGCCUCUUUGAAAUAGGUUUAAUUGAACUGGUUCACUACUCCCAUGCAAGGCAGCAUUUACGAAGGUUGUUAUGUUCGUUAUCAGAUGUCAAUAUAUGACUGAUCAAAUA